AUCUCAUCACAAUCUCUCUUCCAAUAACUACAUUAUCACACAUCUUACAUUCACCAUGGGUUGGUUCGACGACGACAGUGACCAGGCUCGCCACUACGAGCAGUUCAACAACUACGACGGUAGCGAGGAGCACAAGGCCAAGUUCAGCCAUGAACUCAUUGCCGGUGCCGCCUCCUUCGAGGCCAUGAAGGCCUACCAGGACCACUGUGAAAAGAACGGCCAGCCCCAGAGCCACGAGACCGCCAAGGAGCUCCUGGCCGGUUUUGCCGGUGCCUUCAUCGACCGCGAGGUCGAGAGCAAGGGUCUUGACUUCGUUGACCGGGAGAGGGCCAAGCACCACGCCCGCGAGCAGCUCAACGAGGCCUCCUCUCGCGACUUCUACUAAGUGCCUUCGCGGGAUCCAGCUAUGAUUGUGUUAUUGUCCUAGCUCUCUCGAUAUAUAUACCAAUUUGAAUACCAAUAUACCACGCGCCAUCUGUUUCUCC